ACCGAUUUCGAACUGCAACAAUCAAUUGAUUCCUAACCUAUUCGUGGUCGAUUGAGCCUCGAUAUAGAUUUAAUUGAUACCGUUCUUUUAGCUUUUCAAGAUGCUUUCGAGAACUGCCAGACCCGCGCUGCGAGCAGCCGUCGCGGCUUCCGCCAGGUAAGACUUCUUCCGGAUGGAGUGAUGGAAAUGGGACAACUAUGGCGGGGUCUAAGGACAUAGAAAAAAUGAUGCAAGACAUGGAGGCUGAUGAUAUUGGAUCUGCAGACCGGUCGCCCCUCAAGCUGCGACCUAUGCCACCCUCCGUGAAAUCGAGGACAGAUUAAAAUCCAUUCGCAAUAUCGAGAAAAUUACAAACACCAUGAAGAUUGUUGCAUCCACCAAGCUUACCCGGGCACAAAAGGCCAUGCGAGAGUCCCGAUCUUACGGACAAAGCUCCAACAGCGUUUUCGAGCAUGCCGAGACCAAGGCCUUGGAGGGUGACAAGAAGACAUUAAUUGUGGUUGCCAGUUCAGACAAGGGUCUCUGCGGUGGUAUUCAUUCCGGUUUAUCCAAGCGUGUCCGCAAGAUGUUGGCAGAGAACUCGAAUGCCGAUAUCGUUGUUUUGGGCGAGAAGUGCAAGGCCCAGCUCAGUCGUUCCAACGGAAAGAAUCUUGUUAUGAACUUUGCUGGUAUUGGAAAGGAUGUUCCCACAUUCGCAGAUGCUCAGGCUAUUGCGGACCAGAUCGUUCUCUUGCCAACCGAUUACGCUUCCGUCCAAAUUGUCUACAACAAGUUCAUCAACGCUACAAGUUACGAGGCUACCCCAAUCGAGGCUUUCUCUGAGGAGGCCAUUGCCAACUCCCGUAAGUCUUAUUUAUAUCCUGGUUGAUGUGUGGAAUAGCACUGAUCUAAUGAUAUAGCCAACUUCUCUGCAUUCGAGAUUGAAGAUGAGACCCUUGGUAACCUCCGUGAAUACGCUCUCGCCAACUCCAUUUUCUGGGCCCUUGCUGAGGGUCAUGCCUGUGAACAAUCUGCCCGUCGUAACGCUAUGGAUGUAAGUUUCCCUAACAUUUGAAUUCUGGCAAACAAAUUACUAAACUAUAUCAGAACGCUUCCAAGAACGCCGGUGAAAUGAUCACCAAGUACCAAAUUCUCUUCAACAGAACCCGUCAAGCCGUGAUUACCGGUGAAUUGGUUGAAAUUAUUACUGGUGCUGCUGCUUCAGAGGAAUAGAGGGUUUGUGAAUAUGUAGACUAGUCGAUCGACUCAAGGUUUCUUUGGUAGCCGAGUCAAAUGAGAUUCCCUUUUGUGCCAAUGCAUCAAUACCAGUGCAUUAAAAGUUGAAAAGUGGAUUUUUAGUAUUUCAAUUCUGCUAAUUUAGAUCCGCAGGUGCGGUCAUGAGAUUCAGA